AUGCAUGUAGUGCAACUUCUAAGUAUAAAAGAGGUGAGCUCCAAUGUUGGGCUGGUGCGAAGCAUUGUUGAAAUGAUGGAUAGACAUUGGACUGUCAAGUUUUCUCAUGUUUAUAGAAAGUCUGAUUUUAUGGCUAACUUUGCUGCAUCUUCGACUCCCGGAAUUUCCCAUGAAAGGGAUUGCAGUUUCCAAAAAAAAAUCAAACAAAUCCCUUGCCCGCCAAUUCCCAUUCCAUUCUCCAAUCCAAAUAUGUCAGAUACGGACUCUAUGGUAGCUCAGCAAAUCGCUCUUUUCCACUCCCAAAUCAACAAGAAAAGAUUCAACGACGAUUCUCUUCGCAUUCUGGAAUCAGUUCUCGCCUCCAAUGACGUUAAAUCGCUUUUUCAGCUACGAUCCACCUUGAAAGAGUUCAUCAGAUCUGAAUCUCUCUCCGCUAUUCGCCAUAUUGCAGCCAAAACUGUGGAUCAGCAGCUCUCAACUCUCGAAUUCUUCGUCGGAGCCUUCGCUAUCAUCGGCGAUAUAGAGAGUUGUUUGGCAUUGAGGUACGAGGCUCUGGUUCUUCGCGAACACAAGUCUCAUAUCCAUCAAUGGUUGCAAGUUUCACCUGUGGAAUGGCUCAAUUUUGCGGAGCAAUCAUUAGAUAACUGUUUCUAUGCUAUUGCUGCAAAGGCUUGUGAUUAUGCAUUAUCAUGCUUUCACAGGAACGAAAUUGUACGGUCCAAAACAGAUGAAUCGUGUGAAAAUUUGCAACUUACUGAAAAAAUAACCAAACUCAAGAACUGUGCUCUAACACUGGCAGCUUCCCGCUCUGUUAAGGCACAGGCAGCAGAAUACUUGAGAAAGAGAGCGAGUGAGGAAUGCAACUCACAGCCUCCAAUUUGUAAGCCAGCACCUUGUGCUGCCAGCACUCUGUACAGAGAUGGCAUUAAAAAGCGCAAUGACCGGAAACUGAAUGCAAGUCGAAGGGUGGUAUCGUGUUCAAGUCAACCGUGA